GAAGGCAGGGAUUGUGGCUGAGGUGCAAAGGGUUUUCGUGGAAUACAGUGGUGGUAAAGACCCGAGUUCCUCCAGCUCCUACCUAUUUUCGGCUGACCGGAAAGGCAAGGAUGGUGGAUGCUUUCUGUGCCACCUGGAAGCUGACAGACAGUCAGAAUUUUGAUGAAUACAUGAAGGCUUUGGGUGUGGGCUUUGCCACCAGGCAAGUGGGAAAUGUGACCAAACCAACGGUGAUAAUCAGUCAGGAAGGUGGCAAAGUGGUGAUCAGGACCCAGUGCACCUUCAAGAACACAGAGAUCAGUUUCCAGCUGGGAGAAGAGUUUGAGGAAACCAGCAUAGAUGACAGGAACUGUAAAUCUGUUGUUCGGUUGGAUGGAGACAAACUUAUCCAUGUUCAGAAAUGGGAUGGCAAAGAAACAGACUGUGUAAGAGAAAUUAAGGAUGGCAAAAUGGUUGUGACUCUUACCUUUGGCGAUGUUGUUGCGGUACGUUGUUAUGAAAAGGCGUAGAGAAGAUGACGGUUCUCUGGAAGUUCGGUUUGGUGGAGUCUCUGAGUUCGCCAGCUAUGGCAGCUCUGAUCACUCAUUAGACAUUAGAUGGUCGUCUUUGGUAUGGAAGCAGAAAAUUAUAACUUAAAGAUGUGCUACUCCAAGCAGCUCAUAGAAUUUUACUAUGCAAAUCUACCCUGUUUUGUAAUUUGCUACAAUUUUAUAAUAACUUUCUAUAAAGAUGGGAACACACAUUGUUAUUUCCUUUGGAAUGCAAACCCAAUUGGAAUAAAAAGUAUACACACAUAAAAA